CUCUAUAAACUCCAUUAAAAGCAUCCAUUCAUUCAUUCAUUUGUGUGUGUGUGUGUCUGUCUGUGUGUCUCUCUCGCUCAGCAGGCUUGGCCACCAAUUCAGCUGAAGCCACUCCCUUUCAGGGUUUCUUCUGGGUUUGUUGAAGAACAUUGUAUAUAUAAACAACCCUACCUCUUCUCCCUUCUUCCACUCCCUCUCAGAUCUGAUCUGACCAACCAACCAGCAACCACCUCAGAUCAUCUGUUUGUUAAGGUUCUUUGCCUACCAUUGCAGAAACAAGACAAGCUAGGGUUCUAUUCAACUCUACCUACUGGGAGUAUCGUCAUACAAGGAUGAACACGUUCUUGCAUGUUCCUCCUGGUUUUCGAUUCCACCCGACCGACGAAGAACUUGUGGAUUACUACCUUAGGAAGAAGAUUUGUUCAAGACGGAUCGACUUGGAUGUCAUUAAGGACGUAGACCUUUACAAAAUUGAACCAUGGGAUCUCAAAGAGAUAUGUAGUUUGGGGACAGAGGACCAAAAUGAAUGGUACUUUUUCAGUCACAAGGACAAGAAAUAUCCGACAGGAACUCGAACAAAUAGAGCAACUGCAGCUGGAUUUUGGAAAGCUACUGGCAGAGAUAAGGCUAUCUAUUCUAAACAUGACUUGGUUGGCAUGAGAAAGACCUUGGUCUUUUACAAAGGUCGAGCUCCUAAUGGCCAAAAGUCCGAUUGGAUCAUGCAUGAGUACCGGCUCGAGACAGAUGAAAAUGGCACUCCACAAGAAGAAGGAUGGGUGGUAUGUAGGGUGUUUAAGAAGAGAAUAGCGACAGUAAGGAGAAUGAACGAGCACGAAUCACCAUGUUGGUACGACGAACCGGUGUCGUUCAUGCCCGACCUAGACUCUCCAAAUCAAAGCUCACACACCCAUUUCCCACACCAUCUUUCCAACUUCCCAUGCAAGAAGGAGGAGGAUUUCCCUUACCAAUUAGGUCAAACCCAAACCCAAACCCAUUUCCUUCACUUACCCACUUUGGAGAGCCAAAAGUUGGCCAACACCUUUGCCCUAGACAUCAACUUACAAGCCUCCAACUUCCAACCAACUGCAGCAAAACAGCAAAACAUCCAACACCAACAACAGCAGCUUUCCGACCAAAACUUGUUGUUUUUGUUUGAGGACGACAGCAACAACAACAAUGAACAGACAAUGAAUCAGCUCACAGAUUGGCGUGUGUUUGAUAAAUAUGUUGCUUCUCAGCUCAGCCAAGAGAAUGCUUCAAAGCAACAACCUAUGGUUCCAGAAAAUGCUCCUCCGACAUCCUCUUCGAGUUGUCAGAUUGAGCUGUGGAAGUGAAAUGGUCUUCUUCAUAUUAUAUAAUAAUUAACAGAAUGUUGUUAGAGUUCAAAAGGGUCGAACUUGAAGUCAUUUUUAUCA